CUCCUAAUAUGAAAUUGUAUCCAUCUUUGCAGACAUACACCGUUGCAGAUAAUCCACAUGGUUGGAAAUUUCUUUCGGAUAUGGUCGAUCUAUUCCAUGUAUCGAUAUUUUUCUCAGACUGGAGCUUCCGUUGUACUUUUUCUGUUUUGUUGUUUGGCCCCAGCAGCCAUCAUAUUCUUGAGUUUGCAAAAACCUUGGAGGGGAAAGCCCCUAUCAAAUACUCAGGUGAAGCGGAACAUUUAGCUGUAGUUCCUUCUGUGAUAAAUGGUGGCAUAACAGCCUUGUACUCUAUCUUGUGGGGAAAGGGUCUUAAAACCUGUGGACCUCUGAGGUGGGUUACCUUUGAUUAUGUAUACCCCUUGCUCUUUCUUCUUGGCUCUGACUCUAACGAUCAGACAGAACAGGACCAGACAGAACUAGUGUUGGGUUUGAAGGAAAUGGCAAUUCCCAUCUUCGCUGGAAUUUUAUCAGCUUUGAGAAGGGUCAUUCCUUUUGACAUCUAA